AUGGAUGUUCCUUCUGAUUCCACACUUGUCCAUCCACUGGACCUCAGACACUGGUCCAGCAGCUUUGGCGAGAAAAAGAUUUUGGACUUCAGAGUGCAAAUUGCAACCCCUAAAAGCUGGUCCGACACAAAAGCGCACUGGUAUAUUUUGUUCACCUUCGGGAAACGUAGCUAGGAAAUAUUCUUUCGUGAUUUGUCCACCUUUAGGAAACAUGGCUAGGAAACAUCUCUCCUUGUUUGCCCACCAUUGGGAACCAUGGCUGGGAAACAAUGUUUUUUUUUGGUUUGCCCAUCUUUGGGAAACAUGGCUAAGAAACAUUGUUUCUUGGUUUGCCUAUCUUCAGGAAACAUGGCUAGGAAACAAUCUUUCCUAGUUUGCCCACCUUUGGGAAUUAUUGCUAGGAAACAAUUGCAACAUUCCCUGGUUCGACCACCUUCUAGAAACAUGGCUAGGAAACAAUGUUUCUUGAUUUGUCCGUCUUCAGGAAACAUGGUUAGUAAACAAUGUUUCCUGGUUUGUCCACAUUCGGGAAACAUGGCUAUAGUAAACAAUAUUUCCUGGUUUGUCUACUCAUUCGGGAAACAUGGGUAGGAACUGAUGUUUCCUGGUUAGACCACCUUUGGAAAACUGACCAGAAAACAGUAUGUUUCCACAACAUUGUUUAAAAUGAAAUCUUAACCUUUCUAGGUACUAUCGUUUCAAUACGCCAAGGAAACUGUCAAACCUUCUUCUCUUUAAUCAUGGAGACUGCGACAGCCAUCAUCCCGGUGUCGGGGACGUGAAAUUUGUGAAAGAUCUCCAAGACAAUGUUGUGGUCACAAAAAAAUUUGAAUGUUCGCGCUUUGAUGUUCAUUUUCACAAAAGCCUGGGAUGGGUUAGUACAAAUAAAAUUGGGGAACUAGUGCAAUAAAUAUUCUACAAUAAACUACGGUGAUUCGUGUCUGGACUACCUGAAAAAGACUAAAACCACUUCGAUGAAUUAUCUAACUUAUUUUUAGCAUGACAAAAUUACUGGAUGCUGAUUGGUUGAGAGGAGUACAAUUAUUUCAUUAAUUGUACUGCAGUACAAUUAAUGAUUUUCCUAAAGGUAUUUUGAACAUAAAUGUGAAAUGAAAUUGCCCUUGAGGAACUAGAUGAAAAUAUAAACAAAAGCACCAAAUUUUGCUUUAACAAAAGAACUAAAUGAAAAUAAGAACAAAAGUAUCAAAUUUUGGUUGAAAGUCUGGCAGGACUGAGCUUUGGCCAGAGAAUAUGAUGUUGACGGAGAAGUAUCCAAUUUUGUCAUGCAUAUGCUAAUUUUACCUAUACAUAUAAAGUAAAAUAAUAGUACAUAUCUUUAGGGUAAAAUGAAUGAAUGCUUUCGAACUCCGUGCAAAGCUGGUUUCAAUUAUCUUAAGUUGGCAACUUCAGGAGCUUUUAGGUAAAAAUAACUUAAAUUUUAAAUUUUAAAGAAUCUGGAACGAUCCAUUUAAUGUCUUCUUUCAAUCUUAGUUUCAGUGUGGAAUCAAGUAAAUCUGGGAUAAUGAAUAAUUCCACAAAAUAUAUCGGAUGUGAAAAAGACAAGGUAAUUCUUCCCAUAGCCUAUCGAAGGAAAGUUGGCUGUGAAACUCAUUAGAAUAACUCAUUAUUUUUGUUAGUCAACGUUUAUUCAUAAAUAUGGUCCUUCACCGUCACGUGUGUAUUGUAUUUUUUCCCAACUAACCAAUAGCAAUGUUUAAGGAAAGUUACCUAUCCGUGACUCGAACAAUAGGGUAAAUUGGAAAUUGCUAUUGGAGGAUUUGACACAAAUACAAUAUACACGUGACGGUGAAGGACCAUAUUUAUGAAUAAACGUUGACUAACAUAGAUAAUGAGUUAUAUUGUUAUUCUAAUGAGUUUCACAGCCAUCUCCCCUUCGAUAUAGGCUAUAUGUUCUUCCUAAUCCUUGCAAUGCUCAAUUAUCCUAAACAUAAUCCUUGUGACGUAGUUCAGGUCAAUCCUAAAUGUCCUAAGUAUCCUAAAUCUUUAUUGCAUAACGUCAGAAUAUGUCAAAACAAUGAAUGACUGGAUGGCAUGGAGAACAGUGGGGUUUACAAAACAAUGAAAAGGUAAUGGAACAUUCUGAUCACUGGAUCAUGACUGGAUGGUAUUAAUUACCAUGCAAGGCCCAUAUAAAACGUUAUUCUAGCUUAAGAACGAGGUUGGCAUGGGUUGAUUUUUGUUAUAGUGUUGCGCAUGCUACGGGCCCUCCAGUGACAAAGAUUACUGUGCCCCAGGCUGCAAGGCAAUCAACGGAGGGACAGUACUGACAGAUGACGACACCGAGAUCCAUGCGUGGUACUGGAUACGAACCUCGUUACCAAAACGAGUUUGGAAGAAAUGUAUGGAAUAUGAGAAAAUUGGCGACGGAGGGAAAACUGUCAAAUGGCAUAUAGAUGAAUAUACCAAAGUUCCUCAACAGGUACAUACUUAGUCUCCCUCGCAGCCACUGUUUGUGGUACAUACGUACUGGGCUAUGGUUGCAAACAAAGAAACCAACUGAUUGGCUGAGCUUAUGUCCAUGAGCAUAUCAAUUUUGAAACUAUAUUUUCCUACUUAUAGGGGCCUUGUUCGUAUCCAGGAGAUGUGAGAUUUAAUGAUGGAGUACGUACCAUGUCAUUUUAAUGAGUUGUAAUUUUAUUCAACACACUAUUGUUCAUACUAUACACGUGACAACGCACAAGUUGUUACAGGUCUGUAAACAUGUUGUUACAAAUCUGUUCACAAGCUGUCGACAAGUUGUGUUCGCAAUGCUUGCUCCCAUUUGUUGUAACAAGUUUGAUGGCAUUAUCAGAUUUGUUACAAGUUGUUCUAACAAGCCUGAUACAGUCAUGAUAUAACAAGAAUGUUACAAGCAAGUUGGCGACACAAAGUUGUAUAGUAACAUUGUUAUAUGUAACAGACAUGUUGGAACACGACUGUAACAGACUUGUUGGAACAACCUUGCAACAAGUCUGAUCAUAUCAACAAGUUGUUACAAGUUGUUAACAGCUUGUUCCAAACUUGUUGACAACUUAGUACAAGCAGUGCUAACACAACUUGUUGAUGUCAUGUUGAUAGACUUCCUACAACAUGUGAGAUUUGAUACAAGAUGACGUGUGGUACUAUCACGAUUAUUGUGUUAUUUAUUGACGAUAUCGAUUGCCACGUAAACUUCUCAGGUUGCAGUGGUUGAUAAUAAAGAAACAUUGAAAAAACUGCCAAAUAUCGAGGGCCUUCUAUCUUAUCGAACUGAUAACAAAGAUUUGUUACUGAGAGGAAAACAUUCCUGGAACAGCAUGGCGAAGCAAAACCAGGUGAGAACUUGGAUAUGUUUAAAACUUGCAGGGAGACGAGCAGAUUACUACAUUGUCAAAAUGUUUUGUAACAAUCUUUUCAACAGGUUGAGCGACUACAAACGGAAAUGUCUGAGCUUUCUUCAAAGCUGUUUAAGUUGGAACAAAGUACGACAUAUACAGUAUUCAUGGAUACUAUGAAAUGUUAAAAUAGCUAUGAAAUAUAUCACAGUGCAAUAAGUUGCACUAAUUCAGUUAUUAUGAUUCACCGUUUCUAGAGAACAAAAUCUAUUCAUCAUGCAAAAAUGCUCUGGAAAGAAUCGGGUAGGGUAUUUAGUACAACUAGAUAAUAUAUUUUAUGUUUCAUGAGCAAGAUAAUUAGAACAAAUAACUUCAUUUCAUUCUAGUGAUGCCACGCAUGGUGUGUAUAAAAUUAAAAGUUCCUCGGUUGUCAAAGCCGGCUAUUCCAAUGUAUAUUGUCACAUGACAUCGAUGCCCGGAUGUUCAGGUGGAGGAUGGACUUUAGUGAUGAAAGUCAACGGAAGAAAGGUGAAUGACUACUUAAGGUGGCGAACUGCUGUUUUUUAAAGGCUUGUUAUUGUUGCUGUUCCUGCCUUUGUUGCUGUUGUUGUUGCUGCUGUUGUUGUUGUUGUUGUUGUUGUUGUUGUUGUUGUUGUUGUUGUUGUUGUUGUUGUUGUUGUUGUUGUUGUUGUUGUUGUUGUUGUUGUUGUUGUUGUUGUCGUUCUUGGUGCUGUUGUUGUAAUUUUCGAGCUGUAAAUAAUAUAGAUGCUUUUUUUAGGAAACAUUUUAUUAUGGUUCCAGUUACUGGAGCAACAAGGCAACAUACAAUCCAGGAGGAGGCCUGACUGGAUUCGAUGACCAGGAAACAAAACUGGCAACAUACUGGAACACACCUUUCAAGGAAAUAUGUUUAGGAAUGAAAGUCAACAACGACAUAAAUUUUAUAUCAAUCUCAUAUCAAGCAUCUUCUUUGUACGACGUAAUUGCAGAUGGCACUUAUCAUGGUACCAGCAUUGGACGAUCGAAAUGGCUGUCUUUGAUACGAGGUUCUGGUUUGCAAUCACACUGCAACCGUGAAGGAUUUAACGUAUAUUCACCUAACCCAGUUAUUGCUCGACCACAGGUAGCCCGCAUAGGAAUAAUAGGAAAUCAAGAAAAUGAGUGCAAAUCCCCGGAUUCGUACUUUGGAUUUGGUGGUCUCGCCGAACACAGCCGUGCAUAUUGUGGGAUCAUGCCAAAGGCAAAGACAUCAAACACAUGUGGCAAUUCCGCUUACUGCUCGCCUCCGGGUGGAAACAAAGAAAUACCUGCAAUGGGUUACAUUUUUAUUCGUUGAACACUUUAUAUCUUUUCAUUAACUAGGCUAUAAUGUUUUACCUUUGGUACUUGUGACAUUUUUGUCACACUGAUAAUGGCACAUAAAAUACCAAAUAUGUAAUGUAAUGUAACCAACAUUAGUGAGCACGCUAAUAUUAGACAACACUGCUUCGAGAAUCUAAAAAAAACUACUUUUUUGCACAAGCCAUUUUUCCUCUUAUAUAAAAGAGUAAUUUAACCCACAAUCGCUACUCUUCACGUUACCGUGACAACAUGACGUCACCAUCUAUAUGGCUUAUAUCAACCAAAAAAGCCGUCUUAAGCCGUCUUAAGAUUGCAUUUUAUCCUUUGGACAGUAGUUACCAGCACCUGCCUAAAAUCGUCCACAAAAUAUUUGAGACAAUUCCCCCUCCCUCAUUUCAAUGUUGCUUUGUGCUGUAAAAUUGUUUUAUUCAAAUAUCAUGCAUUAGAUUUUGAAUGCCAACAGGACACUUGCGGUUGUUGGGUCACGUUAAAUUUCUGUUAGGAAGAUAAUAGCAUUUCAACAUUGAAACAGGGGAGGGGGGGUGCAUUCCAAAAAUCUCAAUAUAUUUUGUGGACGAUUGUAGUCAUGGUCAAGUAUUUAUGGUGUUAGUGUUGAGUAAAUAUCAGGAUUUUGGGGAUCUACAGUCGAUAACUAAUUUGUUGAGGGUUUUUGUAGAUGGAAAUUUCGAGUGUAAUUUUUAUACAUUUAUUAGACCUAACCAGGAGCUGUUGCGAAAAAUGCAACUAUCGACCCUCUAGCGGGAAUCGAACCUGCGGCCCUGCAAUUCCGGUGCAGCGCAUGCUUGCAUUACCUUGAACUUGCGGUUGGAGCUCGACAGCUGGCCUCUGUGGCUCGGUACCCGCAGCAGCUUCUUUGCAACUCCGUGAAUUGUUGGGUUUUUUUAAUGAAAAAUAAAUGUUACAAGAGAAAUAUUAGAACUAACAUGCAAGUACUUGAGACGUUUCUGGUGUUGGUGAUUGCGUUCGUGAUUCAUCCUUCACGUCAGUCCUUCCACGUCUGAAUAUGGAUACACUCAUGGCGAACAGUCCGCUGUCCACAGGUUCCAUCGCAGUGUUGUCGAGCAACAGUUUCGUGCCAAGCUGAUAAUGAAACAGAAUGCAAUAAGUACGUAUGUGUUUGCUUUAUG